AUGUAUAAUUUCACAUUAUUAUUGCUGUGGAUAUUGAUCGCAACUGGAACUAAUGGAACAGAGCAUUCUGUCGAAAAAACAGCAUUAAAAUUGACGCCCAUGAUACGUGCUGGUCAUAUUAUCGAGGCCCGUAAAGCUUGUAAGGUUGAAGGACUUUCAGAAAAAGUGAAGUCUAUCGAGAGCUACUCCGGUCACCUGACCGUAGACGAUAUUCACAACUCAAAUCUGUUCUUCUGGUUUUUCCCGGCUAUGAACGGUGCUGCCGAAGCCCCUGUCUUGUUAUGGCUGCAGGGCGGCCCGGGCAUACCCAGUCUGUACGGCUUGUUUGAAGAGCACGGCCCGUUCUCCGUGUCCGAAGAAUCCGGAACGAUCGAACUGCGCAACCAUACAUGGGUGUCCACACACUCGAUGUUGUACGUGGACAACCCGGUGAACACAGGCUACAGCUUCUCUGAUGAUGACGCAGGUUACAGUAAAAACCAGACCGAAAUAGGUCGCAACAUGUACGAAGCGCUGUUACAGUUUUUCACGAUGUUCCCCGAGUACCAGAAAAACGACUUUUACGUGACCGGUGAAUCUUAUGCCGGCAAGUACGUGCCGGCUGUGUCAUACGUAAUCCAUAAAAAUAACCCUAAUGCGUCACUUAAAAUCAAUCUCAAGGGAAUGGCAAUUGGCAACGGUUUAAUUGACCCUAAGCUUCAAGCACUUGUUCAUGGCGAGACUCGAUACCAACGCGGAUUCAUCGACGGUAAAAAUAUGAUGCAUAUUGUGAAUUUUAGAUUCUGAACGUAACGAUGAUUAGAUUUGGAUGGUUUUACCAUGAUGUGUGAUGAUUGUUUUUUUUCGGAUAGUUUAAAACAUUCCUAACAUUCGUAAAAUGAUAAUAAACUUUUUUUAAUUUCAUUUUUCUAUCCUUAACGAAGGAAUAAUGGGAAUUUUACGAAAGUUUCGUUCAAUUUUAAGCUCAAUAUAGUUUUUUUUUUCUAUAUAGAAUAAUGCUUUUCAUUCAUACAAUUAUUUAUAAUUUCGUUACGCUUUUAGAUCUCCAUUACAAUAAAAUAAAUUACAAUAUUAUAUGGCUUAUUUAGUUUUAAAUCGUUACAGAUUAUACGAAAAAUGAGAUCGAAAAACUGGAGCGGUCGUUCAGCGACCGAAUCGAUGCCGGUGAUUUCAAAAAAGCUAGUAUUCUAUAUAACAUAGUAAUGAUGGUUUUUGAUUCGCGAACUAGACUCUAUACCUACAAUUGCAUACCAAAUACAUACAAUACGCUGUCCGACCAGUUUGUAUCCGCCGUUACACAUCGUUGGGUGAAAUAUUUAAACGACUCGAUUGUUCGCACCGCGUUGCAUGUUAUAGGGAAUCAACCGUUAAAAUACGAACUUUUUAAAGUUUUGAGGUUCCUCGAAGACCAUAUGCAAUCGGUGAGCCCGUGGCUGAGUGCCUUGCUCGACGACGGCCGGUACCGCGUACUAUUGUACUCGGGACAGUUCGAUCUGGUCGUGCCAUACUCGGGUACAGUGAGCAUGGCCCGAUCACUACGGUGGUCCGGUGCCGAGCAUUUCAAGAACGCGACGCGCACAAUUUGGCGCGUGCGCGGCCUCGAGAACACCACCAAUGUGGCCGGUUACGCGACUUCGUUCGGACCGCUCACCUUGUUGCUGGUCAGGAAUGCCGGUCACAUGGUACCGGUCGACCAACCGGCCCGGGCGCACGAAAUGAUCACCCGUUUCACGUCCGGCGAACCGUUUCAAUAA